CUCAGGUCCACUGGAGGAAGCUACGCACACAGGUACAGGUGAGAGGUAACAGGUGAGGAGAACCGCACAGUAUGAGCUGGAGCCCUAAGGUGGCACCAUGUACGUGAGUUACCUGUUGGAGAAGGACGGCAGCAUGUACGCGAACUCAGGGAGACACCCCGGCCUCAACCUGAACCCUCAGACCUUCGUCCCCGCUCCUCCUCCUCCUCCCCCACCUCCGCCUGCGCCUCAGUACUCGGACUUCACCGGAUACCACCAUCAUCAUCAUCAUCAUCAUGUGCCAGGUGUGAGCAGCGAGGCUCAGACUGGCACCUGGAGCCCAGGUUACCCUACGCGAGAGGACUGGGCGCCCUACAGCACAGGACCUGCUCCACCUGCCCCGAACCCUGGACACCUGGCCUUUAGCCCACCUGAGUUUUCCCCAGUGCAGCCCCCUGGGCUUCUGCCCCCAACAGUGGGGCAGCUUUCCCCCAGUGCCCCCCGCAGGAACCCCUAUGAAUGGAUGAGACGGAACACAGCGCCUCCUAACCCAGGUGGAAAGACCAGAACCAAAGAUAAGUACCGGGUGGUCUACACGGACCAUCAGCGCCUGGAGCUGGAGAAAGAGUUCCACUACAGCAAAUACAUCACCAUCAGGAGGAAAGCAGAACUGGCCACAGCCCUCAGCCUUUCAGAGAGACAGGUGAAGAUUUGGUUUCAGAACCGAAGAGCCAAAGAGAGGAAGAUCAAUAAAAAGAAGCUCCAGCAGCCUCAGGCAGCGUCCACCACCACCCCCACCCCCCCCAGCUCAGCCAUCCCCAGCAACGCAGCUAUGGUAACCAGCAGCAGCGGCGGCCUCGUAUCGUCCUCCAUGCCAAUGACUAUCAAAGAGGAGUACUGAGAGAGGCGGCAGCUUUAAAGCGAUAGUUCUGGAACAUUCCUCUGGUUUCCCCCUUUGCUUUAAAUGAACUGUAUCAGCCAAAUGUGGCAUAGCUAACAAGUAAUAGAGCACCCCACCAAUUAGCAUGAUGCUAACUGCAUGCCUAAAUUAUCACACGUGUUAGCGAAGUUGACUUCCUAUUCGCCAACUUCUUCUUUUGUUUCCAUUCUACCGUAAAUGGCACAGCAGUCACACUGAGCAAGUUUACCUGCACUCAAUAAUCCGAUAACUGCACAAAAUCAGAUGUUGUCAUUAAUCAGAUCAACGCAUUUACAUGAUCUUGAGUAAUCAGAUAAUGGGGAAACUCUGCGUCUACAGGAGUCAGGCAGUAAUCAGAUUUCUGCUUUACAGACAGCCAAUAAAUAAUAAUUAGUAAUUAAUAUUGUGCCGCUUUACCUGGAAAUAUGAACAAACAUCAUCUAGAAGACGAAGAAAAUUUGAACCCUUUAUUUUGUGUUUGGUUUCAGCGCCGCUCCAGCUGUGUUUUGCUGCGUCUCGCGACAUCCACUGUCUGAUCUCGCGCUUGCUCGGACUGAGAGAAAGAAAUCAGAGUAAGAGUUCACAGCAGUGAGAAAUCUGACUGCUGAGCUAAAAUCCAGCCUCUUCACGAGAUUUCUUAAUCAGAUUAGUAGAUCAGACUAUGGUGAUUACGUGGCCAUUUGAAUGGCCGUAUAACUUCAGAAAUCCGAUCAAGAUCAGAUUACUGAGUGCAUGAACACGCACCCAUUGUGGUGGAGUGGAAAAUUUGAAAAAGAAGCCAACAAGUAGGAAGCCAACUUCAGCUUCAAGCCUCAAACCACGUGGAGCUGUCAAGCAAUCUCCAGCAUUCACAUUAAGGGGAACGCCUGUGAAAAUGUUGUCUAUCAUUUUAAUGUCCGACUGUACACCCGCCUGGCCCGCUACAGAGGAGUUGCUCCUCGUUUUGAGCUUUACUGACCGCUGAGAAGUCCCACCUGAGAACACUUGUGCUUAACCAUGAAAAGGAACUGCAAUAAGCUGCGCAUUCUGCGAAAAAGUUGAAACCUAUCAAGAGGAAACUUCAAAAGAAAGAAAAGUGUCGCUAUGACGGUUUAUCGUUUGUCAUUUUGCCUGUUUUUGUUUGUGUUGUUGAUAAUACUUUUGCGCGACUCAUUCAAUGGGCGGAAAAAUUUUGUAAAUUAUUUUAAUUCAAGUGCUGGAACCUAAUGUGUGUAUAUUUUCAAAGUAAUUUGUAAUAAAAGCUUUGCUGUGGA